UUUGAACAGCCGAUCUGAUACGCGACGUUUAACUACAAAACUUUGGUCUAAACCUGUAAUAUUAUAUGUAUCAUUUAUAUAUUAUAAUUGCUAAACUCUUAAUAUUAUAUUAUUAUCGUAUUAUUUAGUAUUAACUUGAAAUUAACUAUGUGCUAUUACUAAAAGACGUCAGCGUGUAAUGAGGAGUUGUAAGGUACAAUUUAUAUGACAUGUAUAUAGUAGAGAUGUCGAGGAACAGCCGGUAACUCGGUUACAAAGUGUCAUACACGUAGUAAGGGUCAUAUGGCAUGUUGGGUGUCAUUGUUUUCUUUUUAGCGGUCUGGAGUGUUACGCCGUUGGGCUUACCUGAUUACCUCAAAUCAUGUUCAAGAAAUGAUCAAUACUUGAAUGAGUGCGCCUUGAAAUCGGCUCAAGACUCAAUUCGCCAGUUCUCGUUGGGAGACCCUGCCAGAGAUUUACCGUCUUUGGAUCCAUUAUACAUUCCCGAAAUGAAGGUGUAUAUCCCUGACGAGAAGGGCUUAAAAAUCCUAUUCAAAAAUAAUUAUUUCAAAGGGCUCUCCAAGCUGCAGCAUGGUUUGAAGUUUGACCUGGAUAAAAAAUUAAUAGUUGCUGACGCUUUGGUUAAUCUCGAUGUAAAAAAUGAAUAUGAGGUCAGCGGAAAAAUUCUACUUUUAGCAAUUCGUUCUAGUGGCGAUGCGUCGAUAAGACUUAAAAAAACUUUACUACGCAUUCAGAUAUGGUAUGAGCAUGCCCUUCAAGAUGAAAAAAUUCACUGGAAUAUAACAAAACAUGAUGUGAAAUAUGAAGUAGAAAAGGCGGUUUUCCGAUUAGAAAAUCUACUAAAUGACAAGAAUAUCGGCGAUCAAAUCAACAAGCUCAUCAAUGAAAUGUGGCGUGAGGUCGUGGCAGAUGUGGGUCCAUCUAUUUGCGAGAGCCUGACAGCCUCCGUCGUACGUAAUGUGGCGAUACUUCUAAAACAAGUUCCCUAUGACCAACUUAUGCCUGAAUGAUACUUUCAUAGCUUUUAAUAUAAGCAAAGAUGGGC